AAGACAGAUAUCGGAACCGGAAGGCUUUUGCCAACGUACGAAACUGAUGUUAAAACUUAAAACUGCUCGAAACCUUGGAAGGUGUUCAUAUCACGCAAUGUCGCCAUGUCACAUUUGCUUCCGCUUUUAAAUGAAAAGGUCUACUAAUCGCAAUUAUACUCAGUUGGAAAAGGACAACGUUAGAUCUGGCCAUUUGCUGUACAGCAGGAAGUCACAAACAAGAAGAAAAGAAGCAAUCAAUUUGGUAUUUUGGGUGAAAGAUGGACAGAAUGACGGACGAAUUUGUGGAGGCUAAUUUAGAUAACGAAAACCAGGUUGAUAACCUCGAAGUAGAGAAUUCAGAUAACGAGGACCAGGUCAAUAUGGAGGAAAUAUCAGCAACAAUCUGUCUUGAAGCUCUAGAAAAAGCCUGGAUAAAUGAGAAAUUCGCCCCUGAAAUACUUCCUCAUAAAAGUAAACUCGUGGGGUACAUGAUGACAAAUAUAUCGCACAUGGAGAAUAACAUAAAAACAUUAGAAAAAGGUGACAUCCGAAUCACAAUUCAUACGAUGGAACUCAACAGGAUAAGAUUUGUCAUCUCCAGCUAUCUCAGGACACGCUUAGAGAAAAUCGAGAACUACGUUAUGCAGAUCCUCUCCGAUGAAAUUGAAAAAGUUAAUCAAAGUUCUAAAGACUUAUAUUUAACUAAUGAAGAACGUAAAUUUGCUCAAGAGUACCUCGUGCACUUUGAAACUCUCUUCCAAACACUUGCCCUGCAGCACAUGCCGGAGGUGGGCAAUCUCAGCUCUUUUGACGUCGAAAAGUUCUCCGUGAAACCAAACCUUCAUGCUCACGUGUUCCUCAAGGCAAACAAGGACAUACGUGGAAUUAUAGUUCCAGGAACUUUGGAUGAAGAAGUUGACUUUGAGGGCGGUUCACAGCACAUUAUACAAUACAGGGCAGUUGCAGAUCUUCUUAAACGAGGGGAUGUUCAGUUAAUAUGAGCAAAAAAACUUCAGGCGGGAGGAAUUUACCAUCCACAUACUGAGCAUCUUAUGCAAGCAGCAUAAUUGUAGAGCACCUAAUAUCCCAGUGACUUGAACAUGCAUAUGGUCUACUAUUCUAGUAUCCCCAGUAAAAAAAUAAUAAUUGGGGUAGAUUCUGACGAAUCAACAUGUUCAAAUUCGUCCGAAUUCUGAUCUCUGAUUCAUUGAAAUGAAUUGGGCCUGUGCGAAUUUAAUGAGUGUCAAUUCUCCAUAAUUCGUGGUCUAGGUCAUUUCGAAAAAAAUUAAUAAAAAUUGCAUGCCUUGAGACUCAAACCGGAGAUCUUAGGUGUAUAAGUCGAGAUGCUUACCACUCAGCUACAGGACUCAUUAAAGUAUUAUAUGGAUGAAUUCAGAAAAAGGGCUGUCCAUGCGAAGAACAAUUGAAGACGCUCCAACUUCACGUCGGUCAACUGAAUGCAUGUGAGUGUCUAACCUAUCGGACCUGUCUGUUCUUUCAUACGUUCAGGGCUCUACUUUAUAAACUAAAUGGAUACAAAUUCUGAAGUUUUCACAGAAUCUCUGUAUUGCGUCCUUCUACCGUGUCUCAGUUUUUGAAAAAAAUUGUCAGAACGGUUUAGGCGUUAUGCUAAAAUAUGUUACAUUUUCAGUACCUUACACAUUCAAAUUAAUUAGGUCGCCUAAAAAUUGUUUGCUGAAUUUGGUCGAAAAGGAGUUUUGAAGACUACAUUACUUUACACGAAUUUACAUGACUUCACAACCAGAUCCAAUUAGAGAUUGUCGCAAAGCAAGAUUCAGGGGGGCUCCUAGCGAAUUAUUCAGGUCCCGGAGGAAUUACAACAUUGUAAUAUCGAUGUGGGCACAAUGCCAUAGUUUAGUGCUUAUUUAGUGUUAAUUUAUGCUGCUGAAAAAAAAUGUGCCCGGUAAUUUUGGCCAAAAACAUGUAGUAAUGCUAGCUUCAGCUGAAGCC